GACAUCGAGAGCCAGGCUGUGAUGCAUUACAUCUUAGUCCUCAGAGGUAACAUUGCGUCUGUAGCCAUUGCUUGAAGUUUGUUGCAGGUGCCCAUGAUGCCCAUUAGUCACUUACUAGAUGGUAAGUUUAUUUGUUACUUCAAUAUUAUAAAAAAUGAUGUUGACAAAUUAAAAUGUGGUAGCCAAUAAUCUUUAUUACAAACUUAUAUACAGUAGAACGCCGAUUAUCCGAAUUAAUUGGGACCGGGGUCGAUUCGGAUAAUCGGACAUAGACUGGCAUGUAAUAUAGAAAAACGAACUGUCACACAUAGAAUAAACUUUAUUAAGUUUAUAAAUGGUUUUACAAUUUAUAAACUUUUAUUAAGAGUAAAACCAGCUACACCCAUGUUUUCACUGAACAUUUGCACCUUUUCACAUAAAAUCGAUCCUGAAAUCGGUUGUCCAAUAGAUCGUUGCUGCAGAAACCACGUAAAAACAGCAUUCUCAAGCUGUUAUUCUUUUGCUUUUUUCAUUACUUUUCGCGACGAACAUCCAUCACCACUUUCCAACACGGUCACAAAACUUAAAAUUUUUUCACUGUUAUUUUUAAUAUCAGUUAACCAAGUAUUGUAUAAGUAAUCUAAGUAAUGUUACUUACUGUACUUGGUUAUAAUUUUUUAUAUUAAGCUUAGGUCCGAUUCGGAUAAUUGGCGAUUCGGUUAAUCGGUGUUCGGAUAAACGGCGUUCUACUGUAUUUGAAUACUAUUUCAUAUUUAUGAAGAUUUUUAUAUUUUCAGUUGGAUGAUAUUGAGGGGCCAAUAAUUGUCUGUUUCACCUGUCAUGCAAGACUCAUUCGUUGCAGAAGAUUACAACAACAGGCUAUUGAGUCAAAUGUGGUUCUGGAGCAGUUGCUUUCAGGAGGAUCCAUGGUAUUAUCCAUUCCAUCCGUUAAAACCUAUAAAAGUCCACUGCUGAACAUAGUUCUCACUCAUAGAUUGCUUCAUACGCAAAUAUUAUUUAUUUUAUAAAAAAAAUUAUAAAUCGAUCCAUACUGAGCCAUUUGGGGUUGAUACUGGAUCUCUAGAAAUGCAAUUGAUUGAUUUAAAAAAUAAAUAAGUGAAGUUGAAAAUUUACAGAGUUGAUAAGGAAGUUGAAGAAGUUGGAGGUCCAGAAAUGUAUGUACAUAACGCAACAAAAAUGAACAGCUUUAAAAGAAAGGCUGCAAGUUGAGUUAUAUUUGACGCAUGGAAUAGUCUACCAGAUUGCUAUAGUGAGGUGAAGAAGUUGGCAUUUGGAGUGUUGACUAUCUUCGGAUCGACAUAUUCGUGCGAGCAAGCGUUCUCUUGCAUGAAUAUAAUUAAAAGUAAAGUAAGAAGUCAACUAACAAAUGAAAAUUCAGAUUCGUGUUUGAAACUUAAAACAACAAGUUAUGAGCCAAAUUUAUCCAAACUUUCUAAAACCAUGCAAAGCCAAAACUCCCAUUGAAUUUGUUUGCUCAAUUGUUUGUACUUGAAGUAUAAGUUAGUGUUGUAAGACUUACAAUGUAAAUAAAUGUUUGUUUUAAUUUUUUACUUAAAUAAUAAGUGAUUAUCUAAUAAUACCAUAUAUAUAAAAGGUUUCCGACCCUGUGAUAGUAGAUAUUCUUACACUGUCACUGCACAAUCCACUUUUCUAUGCUGCUUGCCAUUACUAUAUGGGAGAAUGUUUCUAGUGCAAAGUUAAGUUUGUCCUUCAAUCCAACUUACUUUUGUUAGAGCAAUAGUACUUAUUUUUACAAAAACAAUUAUCAAACUGUUUAUACUGUUAUAUAUUACCCUAUGGUAUAUAAACUAAUCUCAAUAAACAAAGAUCAAUUCAUUGUCAAUUUCUUUGUCAAUUUACAGCUUUCGUGAAUCUGAAUCUAAAAGUUGUUGAGACUCAAUUCUCGGGAUAGAUGAACUAUGUACAUUCUUAUUUAAGUUUACGGUGAACCCUCACUUUUGUCUGGUGUUUAUUAUUAUUUGAAGUUGUUGUCAGGAAGAUGCUGCCCCCCGAUCUCCUGUUUCAGUUUCCCUCUGCCCCUUUUUACGACAUCUGCGGGAUGGCAGGGGGUAGUAUGGGCUCUCCUACUCCACCACUAUAGUGGCUUUUUCUCUUAUUUAAAAAACUUAUUUCCUUUCAGUCAAUACCAAAACCGCAUAAGUUUAGAGGUGAGAUUAAAUUCACACCAAUUUAUCAUAUAGAUAUCUGCCCUGUAGAGUGUGAUAUAGACAAUGAUUGCAAGGACGAAAUUUUUUGCGUUGAUGCCGUUAAAGUUGAGGAAGAGAUUUUCGAAUAUGAGAAUUCCAAAUUUGAAGAAAAUGAGAAUCAUGAAACAGAACCAAACAUCAUACCGACAAAUCAUUUUUCAAAAGCGUCUGAGAGGAAGAUUAAAUCAGAUUCUACUGAUUGUAACAUAAACGAUGUUCGUAAAGGAAACCUCGAUUUAGAAAGCCCUACUAUUAAAUCAAAGCCUAAAGUCAAAAAAGAUAAUCAACCAAUUAAUAAAAAAGGAAAGCAUCCUGCAAAUAUUAUGAGAAAGAAAAUAUUGACACAAAAGAGUGUAAAUAUACUUACGAAAAACACGUCUGGGGCAUCAACAAAAGACAUUCUCGCCAAACACAUUUCAUACAGUCAUAAGACACAAAAGAACUCAGACACCACUGCAGUUCGGACACAAGUUGAACAAACUCCAAUACCACAACUAACGGAAAUAUUUAAUUGUGAUAUUUGCGAAUUUAAAACAUCUCAAAAAGGUCGCAUUUUGGCACAUCUUAAAGCGCACGUCGCUGAACAAGUGUACUGUUGUAAUAAUUGUGAUUAUAAAAGUGUUAAAAAAGAUAGUUUGCAAACACAUAUGAAAAUACACACUGGAGAAAAACCUUUUACAUGUAAUAUCUGUGAAUAUAAAUGUAUUCAAAAAAGUAGUUUGCAAAAGCAUAUGAAAAUACAUACUGGAGAAAAACCUUUUUCAUGUAAUAUCUGUGAAUAUAAAUGUAUUCAAAAAAGUCAUUUGCAAAAGCAUAUGAAAAUACAUACUGGCGAAAAACCUUUUUCAUGUAAUAUCUGUGAAUAUAAAUGUAUAGAAAAAAGUAAUUUGCAAAGGCAUAUGAAAAUACAUACUGGAGAAAAACCUUUUUCGUGUCGUAUCUGUAAAUAUCAAUGUAUUCACAAAAGUAAUUUGUGGUAUCAUAUGAAAAUACAUACUGAAGAAAAACCUUUUUCAUGUAAUGUCUGUGAAUAUAAAUGUAUUCAAAAAAGUAAUUUGCAAAGGCAUAUGAAAAUACAUACUGGAGAAAAACGUUUUUCAUGUAAUAUCUGUGAAUAUAAAUGUAUUAAAAAAAGGGAUUUGCAAAGACAUAUGAAAAUACAUACUGGAGAAAAUCCUUUUUCAUGUAAUAUCUGUGAAUAUAAAUGUAUUAAAAAAGAUCGUUUGCAGAGACAUAUGAAAAUACAUACUGGAGAAAAACCUUUUUCGUGUCAUAUCUGUAAAUAUCAAUGUAUUCAAAAAAGUAAUUUGCAAACACAUAUGAAAAUACAUACUGGAGAAAAACCUUUUUCGUGUCAUAUCUGUAAAUAUCAAUGUAUUCAAAAAAGUAAUUUGCAAACACAUAUGAAAAUACAUACUGGAGAAAAACCUUUUUCAUGUAAUAUCUGUGAAUAUAAAUGUAUUAGAAAAGAUGUGUUGCAAACACAUAUGAGAAUACACACCGGAGAAAAGCCCUUUUCGUGUAAUAUCUGCGAAUAUAAAUGUAUUACAAAAAGUAGUUUGCAAACACAUAUGAAAACACACACCUGAUCAGAACCUUUUUUGUGAGAAAUUUGGUAAAAUAUGUGCAAUAUUAUGUAAACGUGUUUUAUAUAAAUAUAAAAGUAUACUAGAUAAAAAUCCAUUUGUCAUGAAUUUCUUAUGUAACUGUUGUAGUGUUAUGCUACUUACAUAUCAUUUUAUAUUCAUUUUUCCAUUCUGUUUUGAUUUUCUGCAUUCACCUCAAAACUGGAUAUUUUGUAUCACCUUUAUUUCCAUAGGAUCCUGUAACGAUUUUAAAUCAUAAGAACACAAUAACAAAUCAUUUUUACUUCGUAUUUUCACACUAUCAGCACUUUUAAAUUGGUGUCAAUGGAGUCUACCUUUUUCGAUCUUUUAUUUAGUUUUCCGUAACUCUGCAAUUUCGGGCUUUGUGCGCCUGGUGCGCUACCUUUUUUCCUAUAUCAAUAAUAUCUCAUUUUUCACUUAAAUCUUGCCGUUUUUCUAUUACGAGCCUAAAACCAAAAUUUGACAUGUUUUGACAUCGUUGUUUAUCUGGUUGUCAUGGCAAUUUUUAUUCAAAUUCGCUACCGGUCUGUUGUUUCUACUUCGAUAAUUCCACAUAAAUACUCUUUCCUCUUGGUCAUUUACAAAAAAUUUGCUUUUAAUUUAAAUAAUUUUCCGUUCUCUCUAAAAAAGGUAUAAAAGCCGAACAAUCGGCCAAUAAAUUUAGUCUCGCUUCGGUUCUCAAACUCGAAGCAUCUCCUAAAGGCCUUAUCCCAGGGCCGCACUGCCCCGGGAUCCUGCAAACCUCUGUCCUGCCUGAAGUCGCCGGGAUCCUGCAAGCCUCUGUCCUGCCUGAAGCCGCCGGGAUCCUACUAGCCUCUGCCCUGCCUGAAGUCGCCGGGAUCCUGCAAGCCUCUGUCCUGCCUGAAGUCGCCGGGAUCCUGCAAGCCUCUGUCCUGCCUCAAGGCGCCGGAUCCUACAAGCCUCUGUCCUGCCUGAAGUCGCCGGAUCCUGCAGGCCUCUGUCCUGCCUGACGUCGCUAGGAUCCUGCAAGCCUCUGUCCUGCCUGAAGUCGCCGGAUCUUGCAAACCUCUGCAUUCACCUGAAGUCGUCGCCUAGACACGCCCACGCCUUCACCUACGCUGUGCGUGCUCGCUCCAGGCGCUGCGAGCGCUUAUUCCAGGCGCUGUGGGCCUAGCACAGGCACAGCCUGUGUAUAAUCUGUGAGCAGCGAAUACCACCACCAAAAGCGGUGUACCAGCUCAACUUCAAUAGUCAUCAUUUUUUUUUUUUUUAGAAAUAAUUGUAAAUCACGUCACCCAUCUUCAUCUUCAUACUCCAUUUUGUUAUAUAAAAUUGUAAAUAUCUUUUAAAUUUUAAAUAAAUUAUUUGUUUUUGUUCU